GCAUGCCUGUUCUCCAUCUCUACCUGGGAAGGCUUAUCAGGCAGAUGUGAUGAAAAGAAAAAGGCCUGGGGAUCCAGACAAACAUGGCUUCACAGCCUGGAUCCACAACUAUUAGAGAACCCGGAGCUUCAUUGCACCAUGUGCGGCAUUUGGGCGCUCUUUGGCAGUGAUGACUGCCUUUCUGUUCAGUGUCUGAGUGCUAUGAAGAUUGCACACAGGGGUCCGGAUGCAUUCCGUUUUGAAAAUGUUAAUGGGUACACCAAUUGCUGCUUUGGAUUUCACCGCUUGGCGGUGGUUGACCAGCUGUUUGGAAUGCAGCCAAUUCGAGUGAAGAAAUAUCCUUACUUGUGGCUCUGUUACAACGGUGAAAUCUACAACCACAAGAAGCUGCAACACCAUUUUGAAUUUGAAUACCAGACCAAAGUGGAUGGUGAAAUAAUCCUUCAUCUUUAUGACAAAGGAGGAAUUGAACAAACAGUUUGUAUGCUGGAUGGAGUAUUUGCGUUUAUUUUACUGGAUACUGCCAAUAAGAAAGUGUUCUUGGGCAGAGAUACCUACGGAGUGAGACCUUUGUUUAAAGCCAUGACAGAAGAUGGGUUUUUGGCCGUGUGUUCAGAAGCUAAAGGACUUGUUAACUUGAAGCACUCCAUGACUCCUUUUUUAAAAGUGGAGCCUUUUUCGCCAGGACAUUAUGAAGUUUUGGACUUAAAGCCAAAUGGCAAAGUAGCAUCGGUGGAAAUGGUGAAAUACCAUCACUGUAGAGACGAGCCUCUGCAUGCCCUGUAUGACAACGUGGAGAAACUCUUCCCAGGUUUUGAGAUAGAAACUGUGAAGAGCAACCUCCGGAUUCUUUUCGACAAUGCCGUUAAGAAACGUUUGAUGACGGACAGAAGGAUUGGCUGCCUUUUAUCAGGUGGCUUGGAUUCCAGUUUGGUUGCUGCCACUCUGUUGAAGCAGCUACAAGAGGCCCAAGUACAGUACCCUCUCCAGACAUUUGCGAUUGGCAUGGAAGACAGUCCCGAUUUACUAGCUGCUAGAAAGGUGGCAAAUCAUAUUGGGAGCGAACACCAUGAAGUCCUCUUUAACUCUGAGGAAGGCAUUCAGGUCCUGGAUGAAGUCAUAUUUUCCUUGGAAACUUACGAUAUUACAACAGUCCGUGCUUCAGUAGGUAUGUACUUAAUUUCUAAGUACAUUCGGAAGAACACAGAUAGCGUGGUGAUCUUCUCUGGAGAAGGUUCAGAUGAACUUACGCAGGGUUAUAUAUAUUUUCACAAGGCUCCUUCCCCGGAGAAAGCUGAGGAGGAGAGUGAGCGGCUUCUAAGGGAACUCUACUUGUUUGAUGUUCUCCGAGCAGAUCGAACUACUGCGGCCCAUGGCCUUGAAUUGAGAGUCCCUUUCUUGGAUCAUCGCUUUUCUUCCUACUACUUGUCUCUGCCACCAGAUAUGAGAGUUCCCAAGAAUGGGAUAGAAAAGCAUCUCCUGAGAGAGACAUUUGAGGACUCCAAUCUGAUACCUAAAGAGAUUCUCUGGCGACCAAAAGAAGCCUUCAGUGAUGGAAUAACCUCAGUUAAAAAUUCUUGGUUUAGGAUUUUACAGGACUAUAUUGAACAUCAGGUUGAUGAUGCAGCGAUGGCAAGCGCAGCCCAGAAAUUUCCCAUCAACACCCCCAAAACAAAAGAAGGCUAUUACUACCGUCAGAUCUUUGAAAACCACUACCCGGGCCGUGCCGACUGGCUGCCCCAUUACUGGAUGCCCAGGUGGACCAGCGCCACGGAUCCUUCUGCCCGCACUCUGACCCACUACAAGGCCGCUGCCAAAGCUUAGGCACUCGCUGAGCCCUGGAGUCAAAAGUAAUCAUUUCUCCUCCUUGUGAAGGGUAGGGGUCUUGAGGGCAGG